AAGGCGGCAUAACGGAAAUACAGACUGGGCAUCGACAAUGGAACCGGAGUGACAUGAGAAAACUGACUAUAGCAUUUCAAAAGACGUUUCUUUCUGACGAAAAAAAGACAUGCACAGACUACGCGAUAUUUUUGUCUUAGAAAAUUUUUUUUAUUUUUUAAAAACAAAUUUGUUUUAAUAAGUUGCUUACAUUUAAGAAAGUUGAACAGUGUACUCGAAGCUCACUUUUUAGUCACUUUUUUAUUUUAAUGUAUAAUUUUGAGAAUAAGCAUUUUGUGGGACGGACUUGGAACAUGUUUGAUGUAACUUCACUUAACUGACAGUUUUUUUUCUCCUGAAAGACAUCUUAUUAGCAGUUAUAUAUUAUUUGGCACUCAUUUCGGUUUUUUUUUUUAACUGAGCUGGCUUGUGACGGUGAAUACAGCAUUUAUUGUGCUUCAGCUUAAGCUGUUUUCGUACGAAGCUGGGGGAGUCUAGCAUUAUGAGAUAGUACCGAGUCACCCUUAAGACAGAAAUGCCAUCGCCCUUAAAAACAGCCCGAAAAGUGAAUCAAACAAGUCUGAUCCAAGCAAGGACUAUGAGCGACGGACUGCGCUCUUAUCUGCUAUUGAUUGCCUCCUUAACUUGGUUGCGAAUCGGCAGCACUGAUUCUUCGCCUGAGCUGCAGUUUGUGCGGAGUCCAAGCAAUGUGACCUCGUCACUGAGCAGGUCGGUGCGGAUGGAGUGCGUGCUGCGCGUGAAUGGUGGAGACAGCGAGCCUGCGGACAUCGAGUGGCAGAGAGAUGGGCAGCCCCUGGACCUCGCCAACACCGACCAGAUUCAGGUCCCCAUCAGUGAUGGCAGUUGGCAGACGGCCAGUACACUCAGAAUUGAGGCUCUGCAGCUGUCAGAUAUGGGAAGCUACUGCUGUAUCGUAAUGGCAGGAGGGAGGAAGAUGGUUUCGCAGGCAGGAUACAUCCAGCUGGAGGACCUCCCUCACUUCUCUGUGGAGCCCCGGGAUAUGGUGGUAACAGCCAACAGUCCUCUGAGCCUCUACUGUGAAGCACACGGUCCUCCAGAACCCGUCUGGGUCAUCUGGCUGCAGGACGGUGUCCCAUUAACCAGAGUACAAGAUCCAAACUCUCAGUCACCCUCUACUCUCAACAUCACAGGCCUCAAUAAAACCAGCGCAUUCUCCUGUGAGGCCCGCAAUGACAAAGGUGUGGCUACUUCUGAAUCCGGCACUGUCACAGUUAUCCCAUCCCAGCCAGAGAAAGUGGAGACUGUAGAAGUCACCAACAGCAGCCUGCAUAUCUCCUGGCAGCCAGGCUUUGGCGGCAAUUACUCUGUCACUGUGUGUUCCAUCCAGGCCACACGCCAAUCCAAUCUUCACAUGGUCCCCACUCAUCACAACCAGAUGCACAACCAGAACGUGAAUGUGCCACCUGCCCGGCACCUGAUUCCAAACCUGAAGCCCUUCACCAACUACAGCGUGAGGGUGGCCUGUCUCAGCAGCCAGGGCAUCUCCCCCUGGAGCCCCUGGGUCACACUGCGUACCAGUGAGGGAGUGCCAGAAGUCUCACCAGUGAAUAUCAGUGCUGUAUUCAACGACACGGUGAUGAUGGUGAACUGGGCGGAGCCUUCCGGCCAGCUUAAUGGGUGCUUGCUUGGGUACUGGCUGGAGUACAGCACCCCACUGAUGGCAGAGGUUGUGCUUGAUGUGGGCUUGUCCACCAGACUGUCCGUCAACCUAUCAACGCCCGUGUCCAACGUGUCUGUCCGGGUGUGUGCCUAUACCGGGGUGGGGCCUGGACCUUGGAGCUCCUCCCACACCUUCAGCCCCAUAAAAGCUGGACAGCUUAAACAGAGCGACCCUCCAUCAGUCUUCUCCUGGCACUGGUGGUAUGUAGUUAUGGCAACUGCAGCCGCCGUUGCCCUGACGGUACUGAUUGUGACCUAUGUGGUCAAGCUACGCCGCAAGGAGACGCGAUUCGGUGAGGCAUUUCAGCCGACGAUGGACAGUGGAGAUUUGGUGGUGAGGUACCAUGCCAGACGAUCCUAUGGCCGGCGCACAAUGGAGGCCACAUUGAACAGCCUGGUCAUCAGCGAUGAGCUUAAGCAGAAGCUACAAGAUGUGAUGAUAGACCGACACAAGCUGACCCUGGGCAAGACACUGGGUGAAGGAGAAUUUGGCUCGGUGAUGGAGGGUCUGCUGACCCAGGAGGAGUUUGUGCUGAAGGUGGCUGUCAAAACCAUGAAGAUUGCCAUCUGCACUCGCACUGAGAUGGAGGACUUCCUGCGGGAAGCAGCUUGUAUGAAGGAGUUUGACCACCAGAACGUCAUGAGGCUCAUAGGGGUCUGCUUGCAGACAGUGGAGAGUGAGGGCUAUCCUUCACCGGUGGUCAUCCUGCCUUAUAUGAAGCAUGGAGACCUGCACAGCUACCUGCUCUACUCCCGCUUGGGUGACUGCCCUGUGUUCCUGCCUUCUCAGAUGCUAGUGAAGUUCAUGACAGAUAUUGCGAGGGGGAUGGAGUAUUUGAGCAGCAAGAGCUUCAUUCAUAGAGAUCUCGCUGCCCGAAACUGCAUGCUAAACGAGAACAUGACAGUAUGUGUGGCAGACUUUGGGCUCUCUAAGAAGAUCUACAACGGCGAUUACUACAGACAAGGCCGAAUCUCCAAAAUGCCAGUCAAGUGGAUUGCGAUUGAAAGCCUUGCGGACAGGGUGUACACAACCAAGAGUGAUGUGUGGUCUUUUGGGGUCACAAUGUGGGAGAUUGCCACUAGGGGGCAGACACCUUACCCAGGAGUGGAGAACAGUGAGAUUUACGACUACCUAAGACAGGGAAAUCGCCUUAAACAGCCCCCAGGCUGCCUGGAUGUCAUAUACUCCCUGAUGUUCUCCUGCUGGUUGCUGAGCCCCAAAGAUAGGCCAAGUUUUGAAACUCUCUGUUGCGAGCUGGAGAAGGUCCUAGAAGAACUGCCGGACAUGCUGGAGCCUGAGGAGAUCCUCUAUGUGAACAUGGAUGAACCCCGGGCAGAGCAGGGGGCCGUGGGGGGUCGGGAGCCCUCUUUCGCCCCCCUGCCUUUCUCCCUGAAGGGCAUGGACUCUAUAACGACUGUCGAGGUGCACCAGCCUGGCCGCUACGUCCUCUGCCCUCAACACGAGACGCAGAAGCUGCUCACCGACUCCACAGAGAGCCUCAACCUGAAUUGCUCCUCCUCCAACUCCACCUUACUGCUACAGCGCUCGUCUUGCUCCACCCCUUUGUCAGAACAACGAGAGGACAGGGAGGGGGGUCUUCGAAAAGCCCCCAGGCAAUGACGUCGGGGGGGCACUCGCUGCUGGUCCAUGCUGAAGAUGCAGUUCAGCUUGAGAUGCCUGAAACAUACCUGUGUCCUAAGACAAGGGGCAUUCUGUCAAGUGGGGGUGGGGGGUUUGUGGUGGACUCUGGAGUUCCUCCAUGCUGAUAUGGGACACUUCUUAGACUGGGUUAAAGUAACUGCGUAGGACCAGAACCAAUACGACAGGAUCACCCUUUCCUCCUAAUCUGCAGCAAGAACUGAAUGGAGAGAAGAAAAAAUAUUGUACGUAUAGGUCUAUUUUGGAAUAUAUAUUUUUGCAUAUGCACAAUCAGAGAGAGAAAUGUAAUAUUGUUACAUUUGAUGAUGAGAAGCCCACAGAGGUGGCAUUUUUAACCAUCUGGUUUAGCUGAAGGACACAGUUUGAAGGUUUUUUUCCACUUUAAACCAAAAUCAGCUGAUCAGCACUCAUUCUGAUGCAUGUUUACACCAGCUGUUCCACCUAUGAUAAUUUCCAAAGCCAGUUGCAUCUAUUUAAAAAAAAAAAAGUAUGAUACAAUAAGAAUAAAAGAGUGAUUAGAUAUACUAUAAAGUACUGCAUUAGUAUAAUGAAUUAGAAUAACUAAUUUAUUGACAAGAAAUGAUCCAAUUGUGGAAGCAAAAAACGUUUUAUUCCCAAAAUCAGAGUCCAUAACUGCAGUACAGUAUGUCACAGACCAGGCAAAGCCACCAUGGAGAAAAACCAAAUCCUCAUCCAAAUUGUGACACCAAAAUCAGUGCAAGGCGAUGGAUGUUGGGUCCAGCCAGUGCAAUACUGAGAAAGUUACCAAGCCAAGACAUGAGAUAAAAGGCAAGAAAACUCAGAGAUUAUGAGAAGGUCAUACGCAAACAGGGUAGGCAAGGAAUGACCUUUCAGUAUGGUGGCCACACACAGCACCUUACAAAGAGAUGAGUAAAACUGGCAGGUUUUAAAAUAUGGCACCUAGAAACGACUUCGAGGGCCACAGGUGCUUGAAAACUCCAGUGAGGUGCAGCAUGACCAGGCUGGAGGCCGUCGUGACAAUAACAAUGCAAAGCCUGUUGGAAAAAAAUAAUAAUUUAAAUUAGACUGGAUUGCUUGUGUGCAUUUAAAGACCACUCAACCCAAGAAAAGUUAUGUGAUUUUGCUUAGCUUUUAGUAAUGCCGUUUGCUGUUUUGUUUAAAUUUAAGGGAAAUGACAAUGUAUAUAUACUGUAGUAAUAAUGCCAGGUCUUAAAUGAUGAUGCUGUAGCCUGGCCCACAUGCCCAGACUUAACUGUUGCACUUAAUUGUAUAUAUCCAGCAUGUAGACACCACACCAGCUAAGUCUUUUGCAUAACUCUGUUGGCACAUAGGAAGCCUUACAUAACUGCCUAGCACAGGCUUAAGUCUGGCCUCACUUUACAGUAUAGUGAUGGCCAAAACGAUGCCUCGUGAACCAUUUGCAGUAUUUUUUGACCCACUAGAUGGCAUGCUUUGAGCCAUUUUUUGACCAGACAUCACCAUGUAAUGGAGUCAGAAAAAACCUGAAAUAGUUUGUGAAGCAUCGUUCUUGCCUUCACUACUUUACAGGCAAACCUAACUUUUGUUCGUUGUAGUUUUUCCACACGUGGAGCACGAUUAAAUGUUACCUUCGAAAUUCCUAAACUUAUGUCAGCACAGACUAACUUUAUUUGUACAUCAGAAAUGCCCCAGUUCAUUUCCAAAUCACUGCAAUUCUGUCAACACUGAUGUGGAGAACACCAAAAAAAUCCAGGAUUACUGAAGAUGCACUGAUUUGUAAUGUAUACUUUAUUAAAACAAAGCUUCUAAGUUAACAACAAAAUGGUAACGGAACAGAGCCCGUAAGGAUGAAUCUUGCAUUUUAUUAAUAUUUCACGCAACACUAUCACAAAGCACAAUUUCUAAAACUGUUGUGUUUGCUGUGUAAACUGUUAAUGCAUUAUCCAACACUCAUAUUUUGCACUAUGACAUUCAUGCGUUAUUCAUGCAGUUAAAUUGUACUAUGUUUUAUUUUAAGUCCUAGUUUGACAGAAGCACUGUCCCGUUACAUCUAAUCCCUCCACUGAUAUUUUUUUUCUAAAAAUAUUUAUUAGGCCAGUUAAAAACAGUGUUUAUGGUAAUUUUUGAAUAUUUUGGAGUUUUAUUUGUACCAUGUGUUAUUAUUAGAAUUUAGUUUUUUACUGGUGUGAUUUAAGUCAUCAAAUGUCAUACAUUCUUCCUGAAUUUAUUGUUUUUCACCUGAUCUGUUUUUCACUUAUUAUUUGACAUGUGUACUGCUAACAAGAAAUGAGGAGGUUGCCAGUCAAAUCGAAUGACGUUGGAAGUCGACAAAAUAGGGUCCGGCUAGUCAGAUCUGCUUUACUGGACUGUUGAUUGGUCCUUGGUAUUUAAUAAAAAAAGGAAUACUCUA